CGUUGUUCUUAUGAGUUGUUUUCAUACUACGCGACCCACAUCAGGAACAGCAACGAAUAUAUACCACACGCCUCCCGUAGGCUUACUCAGUGCAUGUGCCCCUUGCAGUGCUUACACAACAAUUUUCGUAAAAUGGAGACCCCCAGUAUAGCCCUCUGUUCGAUCUUAUUAACUUGUUUCGUCGUAGCUACAGAUGCUUCAGGAUGCUAUAUACCUGGUUUAUUCAAGGGAAAGUGCUCAGUCAGCACUUAUCCCAGACCUCACAUGAGAGACGGUGUCGCCGUGCCGCCAUCUUGGGACUGGCGUAACGUUGGAGGUAGAAGUUUUGUGAGUACCACAAGGAACCAGCAUAUCCCCGUUUAUUGUGGCUCAUGUUGGGCUAUGGGAAGUACAAGUGCCUUAGCUGAUCGUCUAAAUAUCUUACGUAAUGGUAGCUGGCCGUCAGCCUAUCUGUCCGUCCAAAAUGUGAUCGAUUGCGGCGAUGCGGGAUCGUGCAACGGUGGUGAUGACGUGGGUGUUUACGAAUAUGCACAUAAGAACGGUAUUCCUGAUGAGACUUGUAAUAACUACCAGGCCAAAAAUCAAGCCUGUGAUAAGAUUAACCAAUGUGGCACCUGCGAUUGGGACGGCAAGUGUAGUAGCAUCGCCAAUUACACAUUGUAUAAAGUAGCAGACUACGGUUCUGUCCGCGGCCGAGAAGCCAUGAUGAAGGAGAUCUACGCCAAAGGACCCAUCAGCUGUGGUAUUGAUGCAACAAACAAGCUUGAGACUUACACUGGUGGAAUCUACGAAGAGUUCAAGAUAUUAGCUAUGUCCAACCACAUCAUCUCUGUUGCUGGAUGGGGUGUUGAUAAUUCGACUGGAACCGAGUACUGGAUCGUGAGGAACUCCUGGGGAGAACCAUGGGGAGAGCAAGGAUGGUUCCGUAUCGUAACUAGCAAAUACAAAGGAGGCGAGGGAAACUGGUACAAUCUCGGGAUCGAAGAGGAGUGCCGUUAUGGAGACCCCAUCUUACCGUAAUCAUCGACCACCAAUCGUUCACCUCAACUCCGACAAUUGAAUAUGACUCCUGAGAGAGGUCGAUGUGUUGUACCAGUGAAUUCUGCUAUGAGGGACUUAUCCAAAAUAUGAUUCAACAUACCAGUGUAAUAGAUUUAAAAUUGAUUUAUUUUUCUCUCAAUUUUAUUUUGGAUUGGUCCCUAUCACAUUACUAUAGAUUUAUUUUCAAUCUAAGAUAUUUAGAGAGAAGGAACUCAAAGCUAAAUACGCCGUUGGACUAUAUAUUCUGAUUAAAAGUUAAAAUGACUAACAUGUUAGUAUAUAGGUGUCCAUUCCCUCCUAAAUGGGGGGGGGGGGUAUCGAAACAAAUCUCUAUUCUCUUAUUUUACAAAUAUUUGUUAGACACAAUUUUUACUAACAACCGGCUCUUAUAUAAAUUCAUCCAAGAAUGAAAUUCUGAAGAGAAAUCACUGCGCAUUGUUCAGUGCCAGAUACAUAUAUCAAACUGAUCGAAUGCCCUUUGCAUAAAAGUUAUUAUUAUGAUUACUUUACCAUUUAAUGGUAUCUUUCAUAGAAUUCUUUUAUUUCGAUUGUCUGCAGAGCAAGUUUGCCUUGGUGGUUACCAUCGGAUUAUAAAGUUACCUUACCAUAAUAGUAUAUUCUAUGUAAGGGGAUCCUAGUUUAUCAUUUGGUAAAGCAACACCUACACCUCCCCUUGUAAACGUAAAGAAGAAGGCCCCAGUUGGGAUUAAGCAGACGAUCACUCCAGAAUAAGUUGAAAUAAUAUCCAAACAUUUUCUUUGAAGUUUUAUUGAUGCAUGCAAUUAAUAUUGAACAUUCCUUGCCUCAAUUUCGAUAGUAUCCAAUUAUUGGACAUAGUUGUGGUGACAGAUGGUUUCAUUUAAAUAUACAAUUGUUGAGUGCAUGAAUAAUUGGGUGGUAUUGUGCAAUCCAAGUAAUUAUUUGUUUUCAAAGAAGGAAAUAUUAAUAGCAUGAUUGGAGUUCUUCGCAAGUACAUUUCUGUUUACAUAUCGGUGUAUGCGCACAGAGGCCUCCAGAUUUCAGCUCUCGUAAAUCUGCUUUAUAUAUUAUGCAGUAUUAUGAAAGGAUAGCUUUGCACUUAUAUUCCAAUUAAUGAAUAUAUUUCAUCAGUGAAUUUGGAUGGAUAAAUUCUUUGUUAGGAAAAGAAAGUAUUUUUGUUCAACGAUUAUUUCAUAUGCAAUUACUGUUGAAUUUCAACAUAAUUAAUAUCGUUUCCCUGUCACAUUUUUAUGUCUUUCCCACCCCCCCCCUUCCCUCUGUCUGUCGUUCUUCCUUUUGUUUUUAUCUUCCCCUCCCUUCCUUUAUCUUUCUUACCAUUUCUCUUGCUCCCGUUCCCCCUCCCUCCCCUCUCUCUUCCCCUAUUACUCUUUCCCGAGUCUCUUCUUUUCUCUUUCUCUCUUCCAGUCAUAAAUUUGUAUUACCUACCUCAUGUGUAUUUCUUCGUAUCUCUCAUUACAGCUAUAAUAUCUUCCAUUUCCUAUGUUUUUGUAUUUCAUAUUAUGAAACAGAUCUGUACAAAAAUUAAAAGCGAAAUAAUAUUGAAAUAAAUUUGUAAAAAAAUAUCAGAUGACAGAAAGUCCCGUGUGUACCUUCUUUUUUUUAUUGGGGGUGGGGUAUAUAUAGUGUCUAUUCAUGUGAGUAAUGCUACAAUAAAAAAAACAUACACGCUGAAUGUAUAGUGCAAUAAAGGGUGAAAUCUGCCAUUAUGGUUUGGAACCGUUCAAAACCAUCUUUGCGAAUUCGGAGCAAUGUGUGACAUCCUUGAAUUUGGUCAUUAGGCAUACACUCGAAACAAUAUUUU